AGAGAAUGCCACCUUGCGACUUUUUUUGGAAGCGCCCGGUAAGAUAACAAAUCGGCCCAUGUCCCUCACGCACAAACGGCGACCGGUGGCCACCGACGACGCGGCGAACGACGCCCAUGAGCCCGCGCCGGCUCCUCGGUCGCUCUUGCCGCCGCUGCACCGCGGGCCCAAGGCCGAACAGACCAAGCCGGCGGCGACCACCGACGCCGAGCCGCUCGAGGCCACGGUCAUUGACACGAUGGAGCAAGCGCUCCUCAAGUGCAUCCGCUACGUACUCCUCUCGAUGGAUCCGCAGCAGGCGCGCAACAUGGCCAACUAUAUGCUCUAUGUGUGUCACCGCGUCGGCGUCCUCUCGCCGCUCGCGCAGGCGCUUGAACAGAACGCCGAAGUUCAGCAGCUCUUGCAAAAGACGUCCGAGACAACGACGAAACACAACCAGUGGCAGCGGUGGUUAUGGUCCUUCCUGGGCCGAACACCGACGGUGUCGCCGGCCUCGUCGCCCCGCGGCCAAGGUCCGCGGGAUGAUAUGCUACUGGCGCAAGACGACGAGAACCUUGAAGUUGGCUGGGCCGUGCGGUACAUGCAACGCGAAGCCAAGUUGCCAAAAGAAGUCAGCUGUCGCAUGAAGCGCAUGAUGCACACCGAAGUGCCGCUCAACCUCUUCCGCGCCGAAGUCGAGUACGUCAAGAAGGACGCCGACGUCAUUGGCUUUGUCACGCCCGAUAGCUUUCCGCCGACGCCCAUGGGGCGUCAAAACCAGACGCAGCGCACGACCUUUUAUACCGUCGCGGUCCUCGACCUCGCGACCAAGGCGCUCCAAGACCUGCAAGCCCAGUCGUCGUCUGCCACGACCACGACGUGAGUCCACCGCCGCUGCUGCGAACAUUGAUUAUUGGACUAUAAAUAGUGGCUAACUUAUAAGAUGCA